UCGAGAUCCAGAAUCUAUAAAGACAUCUCAUGUCCUCCGUCCUUCUCGAUUUUUUCCCUUCUCAUCACCAUCAACAGAUCUUCAUCUUCUUUCAUUCACUUCAGUCUUUCUUUCGAAGAGCUAGUCUCUCGUUCCUUUCGUUCCAAUUCAACCGAGCCAGUCUCCAGCACUACCAAUCAAUCUACUAUCCCUCAAACCAACCAACUCUUAUUUCAAGAUGAAGUUCUCCGCUCUCGCCUUCGCUGCCCUCUCGCAGGUCGCCUCUGCCCACUACUUCUUCGACGUCAGCGCUCUCAACGGUGCCGAGUCCAAGUCCUUCCAGUACAUCCGUGACUUCACCCGUCCCACCAAGUACAACCCCAUCAAGUUCUCCUCCAACCCUUCCGCCGACAUCCGCGACAACUCCUUCGCUGAUGGUGAGGACAUCAUCUGCAACCAGGGUGCCACCGGAACCGGUGGUCAGACUGAGGUCCUCGAGGUCAAGGGCGGCGAUGUCAUGACCUUCAAGCUCGCUGUCGGUGCCAAGAUGGGUCACCCCGGACCUACUCUGGCCUACAUGUCCAACGCUGGUGGUGACGUCAAGUCCUACAAGGGUGACGGUGACUGGUUCAAGAUCAUGGAGGAGGGUGUCUGCAACACCGGUGGUGACUUCACCAAGGACGCCUGGUGCAACUACGACGCCGCCUCUUUCGACGUCAAGAUCCCCCAGGGUACCCCCAACGGCGAGUACCUCCUCCGAGUUGAGCACAUCGGUGUCCACCGAUCUCACGUCAACCAGCCCGAGCACUACGUCUCUUGCGCUCAGGUCAAGGUUACCGGUGGCUCCGACGGCACUGUCGACGCCGAGAUGGUCAAGUUCCCCGGUGCCUACAAGGACACCGAUGGGUACGCCAACUUCUCCAUCUACAACGGUGCCAAGCCCUUCCCCAUGCCCGGCCCCAAGGUCUGGGACGGUUCCGCUUCCGCUGGUGGCUCUACUGGUGGCAACACUGGCAACACCGGUGGUAGCACCGAGACCCCUGCCGCUGGCAACACUGAGGCUCCCGCUUCCACCCCCGCUCCCGAGGCCGGUAACGGUCAGCAGAACGGUGGUGAGCAGGCCCAGCCUCAGACUGGCAACAACGGCCAGAACAACGGCCAGAACGGUGGCUUCAACCAGCAGUUCCAGGGACAGGCUGGUUCCAGCAGCUCUCCUUGCCACGCUUAAGCGAGCUACCUUUUUUCUUGGAGACGCUGUAGUGUUUUGUUUUUACUGAAGGGGAGAAGCUGAAGGAAAGAUGGAAGAGUUGAAGAGGUGGCUGGUCAACCCAUGUAUAAAAGAGUCCUGUUGAUCGUUUCAAAACACCAAGAUGAAGAGGGGAUAGUCUGGUACUGUGCUCAUAGUUUUUAGCUUUGUCUGUUUAAUACGAAGCAGUCUUAGGACA